AAGGAUUUUAUGGAAGAGAGAUUGAAAAGGAGACCUUCACGCUGCAGGCUCACUCUGAGGUAGAUCAACGUCAGGAAAAAGUAAAUGAGGAAUGUAAGAAUCAGGAUAUAAUGUCCUUAAAUUCCUCUUUGCCUGUGAACGUUCCUCUCCAUAGCUCUGCCUUUUCCUGGAGUAAUGUAGCUUUCCUGUUGCUGCUCUCCCUGUCUUUGGAUCAGACUUCUGCAUCGCUGGCCAACAAAAUCAAACAGAAGCCAGGAGUGUGCCCCAAAGAGAGGCUCACCUGUGAAAUUAAAGUUACAGAGUGGUGCAAAGUGGAUUCGGACUGCCGUGGCUACCUGAAGUGCUGCUCUUUUGCCUGUGGAAAGAAGUGCAUGGAUCCAUACCAAGAACCCUGUAUGCUACCCUUAGACCCAGGAGGCUGUGAAAGUAUUGUGCAGCACUGGUAUUUUGACAUUGAAAAUCAUCGCUGCAGACCCUUUUCAUAUAGGGGCUGCUCUGGGAAUGCCAACAACUUCCUCAGCAGGGAUGACUGCAACAAGGCCUGCCUGUUAGUUGUCAGGGAAGGAGAGUGCCCACACUUCCCUUUCAAGGGCCGUAUGGAGUGUCCAGAUUCAUGUAAGAGUGACAUUGAUUGCUCUGAGAAAGAAAAGUGUUGUGAAUCCAGGUGUGGCUUUGUUUGUGCUGACGCCUGGACGGUCAAAUCAGGUUUCUGCCCACACAAGCCUUUGGUAUGUGCCAAGAUUGAGAAACCCAGGUGCCAGCGAGAUAGCGAUUGCCCAUUGGCAGAGAAGUGCUGCUCACGUUGUGGAAUGAAGUGUUUGGAACCCAAAAAAUGAAUACUUCAUGACUUCGUUCUCUUGUCUUCUUAUACUAUGUAGAACCUCUGAAAGAAUGUUGAAAAUAAAGGCAACGGCAUCUA